AUGGAAAGCUGCUUAUUAAGGCGCACUAGCGCAAAGGCCCAAGCUCCAUUUCCGAAUAACUUCAACUGCACAAAGUUGCACCACCUUGCGCCCAUAACUCUACUCCACCGCUUACAAGGUCGUGCCGCUCACACAUUCGAUUUCUUCACGAUGACGAGCACAAUCGGUAUCCCGAUAAAGCUACUCAAUGAAGCCGCUGGCCACACCAUCACCCUCGAGAUAUCAUCUGGGGAGGUCUACCGAGGAAAACUUAUAGAAGCGGAGGACAACAUGAACGUUCAGCUCAAAGACAUCACCGUGACUGCCCGCGACGGUCGUGUGUCGCAUCUUGACCAAGUGUACAUUCGUGGCUCGCACGUCCGCUAUUUCAUUGUGCCAGACAUGCUGAGGAACGCGCCCAUGUUCCGAUCUCGCGGUACCAGGGGCAGAGGUGUCGGUCUUGCGCGUGGUCGUGCUACGGUGAACAGAGCAAGGGGCAAUACCCGCGGUGGUCCUGGACGUUGAGCAAUGGAUGUGGC